CACAGUUAACGAUUUAACCGCAAGCAAGCUAAAAGCUAUUUAAAUUUUUCAAAAAAUUCGUACAUAUCAAAAAUACGUUCAAAAUGUGUGAGCAUUUUUGUGAUGAUAUCGAGUCCUUUAAUCCCGAGCGAGAGUUUCAAAAGUUUAUAUUACGCAAACCAGUUGUGCAAACGGCCAAGCUAUAUGAGAAUCUGCACAAACGCGAGGCAAUAAGAUGUCCCUACAACUUCAAGGGCUAUGGAGUCGAGACUGACAAGAACACAAUGUACCGCACUUGCAAUUCGGAAUACGGUUAUUAUGCGCCCAAUUCUUUUACUAUACCCAAACGUUUUUAUCCAUUAUCACAAAAAUUCUCAAAUGAUGUUGUACGCUUUGGCAUGUAUCGCAAUUUCUCGCUGAACACGCACAUGGAUCGUACUUUCUAUUAACUAGUACUUACGAUUAAUCAAAAAA